AUCUACGAGUAUAAAUCCACACGCCGGCCCAGCGCGCUAUCGAGAUUAAGAUGAGCCGUGGGCCACGUCGUUGUUUCAGCUUAGAAUUACUCGAAUCAAUGAACACUCGGGCGGAUUGGUGCAAGCUCGAUACCGUCGAGGUCGCCGGCUACUUUAGCGGAAUGGAACUGUUUGGGCUUGCGCCUUGACUGAAGAAUGCUUUUUUUAGUUGUGUAGCGACUUGUGGCGGAACACGGCUAGCAUCAACAGAUGCGUGGUGAGACGCAUAUUAUUACUGGCCUUAGCGAAGUACUAGUAGAAGCUGGAGUUCAGCUGGUACAUUAGUAGCCGGAGAAAGCCCUUCGUCGGGUACUCAACCUGAAUUGUCGGUGCUGUUGACACUGAGCGCGUCCGUUCUACUGCUUGCUCGCCGACUCCGUGGUGUUUCUACUGAAGAUGAACAGACAGCACGACCCGUGGGACGCUCCGGAGUUCAUCAGCAAGCACUACCUGUGGAUCAUGACGCUGGAUCCGCUCAGGCUGCGUUCGGAGUGCAUCAAUCAGGGCCUCCUCGACAACAUGUCCAUCAUUCCCACCCUACAGGCCAUGCAGAACCGCGGCGGGCCCGACGAACACAACAGCCAUUUGCUCAGCUACAUACGACCCGGUGGGCGCGACAGCUACAUGCGAUUCCUGGAGGUGGUCACGGCGCUCGGUUUCCACCAUGUGCGCGCCGAGAUGGACCAGCUGCUGAUGCCACCAGGGGCAACGACAAGAUGUGUGGAAGAGUCUGGCAAACUGACCCCUACACCGCGUCCCAUCCCUAAAAUAUCUCGUGCGCUGAUUGAAAUUGUUGACCUGGAUGACUUUGCCAAGCAAGUGCGCAUGUACCUCGGCGAUUAUCAGUGUGAGCAACUUGCCAAGCUGAUGGUGAAGCAGAAGGGCGGCUAUUUGAACAACUACCGUUCGAUCGUGGUGGAGUGGAUGCGCGAGCACUACCAUGGCCGCCCGGAGAUUACCAACCUACCGGGACUGAUGGCCUACUUUGUAGAUCAGCCGGUCUCACCGACCUGCAAUCUCUUUCUGACCAUGAUCAAGGACGUGGCCUACCAUACGGCUCAGCACGUGGAGAAAGUCAUUGAAUCAACGACAUUUACCUCGUGAGACAACCAUUUGCAAAUCCCAAUGCUGCUGAGUAGUUAUCUUACAAUUCCAUGCUGAAAAAUCCAAAUUUAUUCUAAUAUCAGUUACUCCGCCGUACGGGACUUCACGGCAUACCUAAAACACAGAAAUUUGAUCAAUUAUGAAAGAAAACAUUUCCAUCUUUGAAGAUCUUCCAUGCUUCUGUUGAAAUAGCUGUUAUUCCCUCUUAUGUGCGAUUCCGAGGCAGUUUGCCGUGCUAUCACUUCUAGUCCAGUGCAAUAUCCAGGUUAUUUUUAAGAUUAUUCUCUGAUCUAGCAAUAUUGAGUGCAAACCCCUACCUUGCUGCAUAUACACAGUUGUACCAGGUGCUGUAAUAAUAAUAAUGUGUGGGUACAUACCACCGUAUUGCCUCCAGCUUGGAUUCAUUCUUAUCAGUUUAACUAGGGGACUCCCCCUUUGACCUGCGUCCUGUUGCGCAUCAA